GAGCUCAGUGCUUGCUCUCCCUGUGAGGAAGGGAGCUGUGGCCGGGGAUACCCUAGUGGGAGGCUCUGGUCCUUGCCUUUCAGGAAAGUGCCCAGCCAUCACGCGGUGCUCACACCCACCACCUGCCCUCUUUCUAGGCACCGCGCGAAUUUUCUUUUCUUUUCUUUUCUUUCUUUUUCCUUUUUCCUUUUUUUUAUUUUUCUUUUCUGUCGGUGAAGUAACUUUUGCAUUCCCACCUCCCCCCGGUCCCAGGGACCAGAGGCGGUGCCGAGCCUGGGGGCGGUUCCUUGGCAGCGCUGGUUCAAGUCGCAGCCAGACUUUUGCUCCUGGGCUCGGUUUGCAUCAUCCCCAUCACACACCCUCGGGGAAGAGGAGCCACCCCUUUCCAGCCUCAGCUUCCGGCCGAACGACCCCUCCCCCUCCGGGUCCCCCAAGCCCUUCUCCCACCCUCCCCAGCAAGGCACCCCCUCCGCAGUGCUUGCUACCCCUCUCUGCUCUCCUCCAUCCCUUGUUGGAUGUUGCCCACUCCUUAAGGAAGGAUGGUUGAUUUGGAGAGCGAAGUGCCCCCUCUGCCUCCCAGGUACAGAUUCCGGGAUUUGCUGCUAGGGGAUCAAGGCUGGCAAAAUGAUGACAGGGUCCAAGUUGAAUUCUACAUGAAUGAAAACACAUUUAAAGAGAGAUUAAAACUGUUUUUUAUAAAAAACCAGCGAUCAAGUCUAAGAAUCCGCUUGUUCAACUUUUCCCUCAAAUUGUUAAGCUGCUUAUUAUAUAUUAUCCGCGUGUUGCUUGAGAAACCAUCACAGGGAAAUGAAUGGUCUCACAUAUUUUGGGUUAACCGAAGUCUACCUUUAUGGGGUUUACAGGUCUCAGUGGCAUUGAUAAGUCUAUUUGAAACAAUACUCCUUGGUUAUCUCAGUUAUAAGGGAAAUAUCUGGGAGCAGAUUUUACGAAUUCCAUUCAUCUUGGAAAUAAUCAAUGCAGUCCCCUUCAUCAUCUCAGGGUUUUUGCUUAUUUUUCAGAUAUUCUGGCCUACUUUAAGAAAUCUAUUUGUUCCAGUUUUUCUAAAUUGUUGGCUUGCCAAACACGCCUUGGAAAAUAUGAUUAAUGAUCUUCAUAGAGCCAUUCAGCGUACACAAUCUGCAAUGUUUAAUCAAGUUUUGAUUUUGAUAUCUACAUUACUAUGCCUUAUCUUCACUUGCAUUUGUGGAAUUCAGCAUCUAGAACGAAUUGGCAAGAAACUCAAUCUCUUUGACUCCCUUUAUUUCUGCAUCGUGACAUUUUCUACUGUGGGCUUUGGGGAUGUGACUCCUGAAACAUGGUCCUCCAAGCUCUUUGUUGUUGCUAUGAUCUGCGUUGCUCUUGUAGUACUCCCUAUACAGUUUGAACAGUUGGCCUAUUUGUGGAUGGAGAGACAAAAGUCAGGAGGGAACUACAGUCGACACAGAGCUCAGACAGAAAAGCAUGUUGUCCUGUGUGUCAGCUCGUUGAAGAUUGACUUACUUAUGGAUUUUCUAAAUGAGUUCUAUGCACAUCCAAGACUACAGGAUUAUUAUGUGGUGAUUUUGUGUCCCACGGAGAUGGAUGUGCAAGUUCGGAGAGUGCUACAGAUUCCAAUGUGGUCCCAGAGAGUGAUCUACCUUCAAGGCUCUGCCCUUAAAGAUCAGGAUCUCCUGAGAGCAAAGAUGGACAACGCUGAAGCCUGUUUCAUUUUGAGUAGCCGCUGCGAAGUGGAUAGAACAUCAUCUGAUCACCAAACAAUUUUGAGAGCAUGGGCUGUGAAAGAUUUUGCCCCAAAUUGUCCUCUGUAUGUUCAAAUAUUAAAACCAGAAAACAAAUUCCACAUCAAAUUUGCAGAUCAUGUUGUUUGUGAAGAAGAGUUUAAGUACGCCAUGUUAGCUUUAAACUGUAUAUGCCCAGCAACAUCUACACUCAUUACACUACUGGUUCAUACCUCUAGAGGGCAGUGUGUGUGCUUGUGUUGCAGAGAAGGGCAGCAGUCACCUGAACAGUGGCAGAAGACAUACGGGAGGUGCUCGGGAAACGAAGUCUACCACAUCGUUUUGGAAGAAAGUACAUUUUUUGCUGAAUAUGAAGGGAAGAGUUUUACCUAUGCUUCUUUUCAUGCACACAAAAAGUUUGGUGUCUGCUUGGUUGGUGUUAGGAGGGAGGAUAAUAAAAACAUUUUGCUGAAUCCAGGUCCUCGAUACAUUAUGAAUGCUUCAGACAUAUGUUUUUAUAUUAAUAUUACCAAAGAAGAAAAUUCAGCAUUUAAGAAUCAAGACCAACAGAGAAAAAGUAAUGUGUCAAGGUCAUUUUAUCAUGGGCCUUCCAGAUUGCCUGUCCACAGCAUCAUUGCCAGCAUGGGUACUGUAGCUAUAGACUUGCAAGACACAAGCUGCAGAGCAACAAGCGGCCCCACCCUAGCUCUUCCUUCAGAGGGAGGCAAAGAAUUAAGAAGACCUAGCAUUGCUCCUGUUUUAGAGGUGGCAGAUACAUCAUCAAUUCAAACAUGUGAUCUCCUAAGUGACCAGUCCGAAGAUGAAACUACACCAGAUGAAGAAACAUCUUCAAAUUUAGAGUAUGCCAAAGGCUACCCACCUUAUUCCCCAUACAUAGGAAGUUCACCUACUUUUUGUCACCUACUUCAAGAAAAAGUGCCCUUUUGCUGCUUAAGAUUAGACAAGAGUUGCCAGCAUAACUACUAUGAAGAUGCAAAAGCCUAUGGAUUCAAAAAUAAACUAAUUAUAGUUGCAGCUGAAACAGCUGGAAAUGGAUUAUAUAAUUUUAUUGUACCUCUCAGGGCAUAUUAUAGACCAAAGAAAGAAUUAAAUCCCAUAGUUCUGCUAUUGGAUAACCCGCCAGAUAUGCAUUUUCUGGAUGCAAUCUGUUGGUUUCCAAUGGUUUACUACAUGGUGGGCUCUAUUGACAACCUAGAUGAUUUGCUCAGGUGUGGAGUGACCUUUGCUGCCAACAUGGUGGUGGUGGACAAAGAAAGCACCAUGAGUGCAGAGGAAGACUACAUGGCAGAUGCCAAGACGAUUGUGAAUGUGCAGACUCUGUUCAGGUUGUUUUCAAGUCUCAGUAUCAUCACUGAGCUUACGCAUCCAGCAAAUAUGAGAUUCAUGCAAUUCAGAGCCAAGGAUUGUUACUCUCUCGCGCUUUCAAAACUGGAAAAGAAAGAAAGAGAACGAGGUUCUAACCUGGCCUUUAUGUUUCGACUGCCUUUUGCUGCGGGAAGAGUAUUCAGCAUCAGUAUGUUAGACACACUUCUUUAUCAGUCAUUUGUGAAAGAUUAUAUGAUUUCUAUCACCAGACUUCUUUUGGGACUGGACACCAUACCAGGAUCGGGGUUUCUUUGUUCUAUGAAAAUCACUGAAGAGGACCUGUGGAUCAGAACGUACGCCAGACUCUAUCAGAAGUUGUGUUCUUCUACUGGAGAUGUUCCCAUUGGGAUCUACAGAACAGAAUCUCAGAAACUAACGACAUCUGAGUCUCAAAUAUCCAUUAGUGUGGAAGAGUGGGAAGACACCAAAGAUGUCAAAGACCCAGGACACCACCGCAGCAUUCACCGCAACUCAACCUCUAGUGACCAGUCAGACCAUCCCUUGCUGCGAAGGAAGAGCAUGCAGUGGGCCCGAAGGCUGAGCAGAAAAGGGCCAAAGCACUCCGGUAAAACUGCAGAAAAAAUAACUCAACAGCGACUGAACCUCUACCGGAGGUCAGAAAGACAGGAACUUGCUGAACUUGUGAAAAACAGAAUGAAACACCUGGGCCUCUCUACGGUGGGCUACGAUGAAAUGAAUGACCAUCAGAGCACCCUUUCCUAUAUCCUGAUUAAUCCGUCUCCAGACACCAGGCUUGAGCUGAAUGAUGUUGUAUAUUUGAUCCGACCAGAUCCACUGUCUUACCUUCCAAACAGUGAACCCAGCAGGAAAAACAGCAUCUGCAAUGCCGCUGUUCAAGAUUCUCGGGAGGAAACUCAACUCUGAUGAAAAGAAAAUAAGAGACAUUGUAUUCCUUGCAGGGAUCUUGCUUAAAAUCAUUAAAAUGUUACAGACAGUCCAAAUAGCCUGACUGGAAUGUAUUCAGUUUCUCAUGUUACUUCUAUUUAAAAGUAAAAUCUAUUCUCUUAGAAGUACAGAUCAUUUUAAAACUUAGUGUAAUAUUUGUUGACAUUUUCCUUGUUAAUAUUUAAAUUUCAUUGGAGGAGAUUCUCAAAAUUAAUAUAAAACGCAGAAGUUAAAAUCUAGUAUUUAGUUGUUUAAGAAUAAUCACAAUUAUCGGCAGUCAAUUUUAAAACAUUAUUAAGACUUUAUGAACAUUUAAAAAUCCACCUAUAUUAAGUACAUCACAAGAACAUAGAAGACUGAUUUUCUUUUUAUAAUUUAAUAUGUCAUUAUAUUGUUUAAAAUUACUGUUUAUAAAAUUGAACCCAUUAAAAAUUAAUGCUUAUCUCUAUGUAGAGAUUAACCAUUAACUUAUAUGGCUGACUUCUGUCUAGGCAUCAUAGUUUGCUUCAGAAUAGAUCUUUAUCAUCAUGUCUGUCAUUCCAUAUUAUUGUAUUUAUUUUAGAAUCUGAGAUAUACAUAGCAUGAUUAAUUUAACAGAAGAAACUGAAAGACAAAGGAAUAUUAAGCACCUGAGGGGUUUUUUUUUUUUUGGUAACUUUACAUCAAUUGCACAUUUUAUGCUAUAAAAAGUGUACUUAAUAGAAAAUAUUUUUGUUCUCCUAAAGAAAAUGCCUAACAUAGAGAAAACAAUACAUAUCUUUACAGCUUAUUUGAAUGUGAGAAUUGGAAUAUUACCUGUAUAUAUCAGAUGAGCUAUUACUGUUGGCUUUAAUAUUUUUCAUUUAUCUAUAUAAUAAAAUUCACUAGGAAGAUCAUUUAAAGCUGAAAGAAAAAUAUUUAUAUGUUUUAUGAACCACAAGGACACUUUAAAACCAUAAGCGUUCUCAAAAUAUCUUUGAUAUUAGAUACUCAUCAUCAAAGUCUGAUUUAAUGUAAAAUUAAUAAAAUGCAUCUAUACUUGACAUUGUAAGGAAAACAUCAUUACCAUGGGUAUUUAUUAUAUUUGAAAUUUAAUAUGAAUUAUUCAGAAUUUGAA